CAGCCACCGUCCCGGCCUCGCGCUGCACAUUCUCUCCUGGCGGCGGCGCCACCUGCGGCAGUGUUCGCCCGAACAUGGCGACACGGAGCAGCAGGAGGGAGUCGCGACUCCCCUUCCUAUUCACCCUGGUCGCGCUGCUGCCGCCCGGGGCUCUGUGCGAGGUGUGGACGCAGACGCUGCACGGCGGCCGCGCGCCCCUGCCCCAGGACCGGGGCUUCCGCGUGGUGCAGGGCGAGCCGCGCGAGCUGCGGCUGUGGGCGCGCUGGGGGCCCCGGGGGGCGGACGAGAAGCCGCUCCGGAGGAGACGGAGCGCUGCCCUGCAGCCGGAGCCCAUCAAGGUGUACGGACAGGUUAGUCUGAAUGAUUCCCACAAUCAGAUGGUGGUGCACUGGGCCGGAGAGAAAAGCAACGUGAUCGUGGCCUUGGCCCGGGACAGCCUGGCCCUGGCGAGGCCCAGGAGCAGUGAUGUGUACGUGUCUUAUGACUAUGGGAAAUCAUUCAAGAGAAUUUCCGAGAAAUUGAGCUUCGGCGUGGGCAACAGCAGUGAAGCGGUGAUCGCCCAGUUCUACCACAGCCCCGCGGACAACAAGCGUUACAUCUUUGCAGAUGCUUAUGCCCAGUACCUCUGGAUCACGUUUGACUUCUGCAACACUAUCCAAGGCUUUUCCAUCCCGUUCCGGGCAGUUGAUCUCCUCCUGCACAGCAAGGCCUCCAACCUUCUCCUGGGCUUUGACAGGUCUCACCCCAACAAGCAGCUGUGGAAGUCAGAUGAUUUUGGCCAGACCUGGAUCCUGAUUCAGGAACAUGUGAAGUCCUUUUCUUGGGGUAUCGAUCCCUAUGACAAGCCCAACACCAUCUACGUGGAACGGCACGAACCCUCUGGCUACUCCACGGUUUUCCGAAGUACGGACUUCUUCCAGUCCCGGGAGAACCAGGAGGUGAUCCUGGAGGAAGUGAAAGACUUUCAGCUUCGGGACAAGUACAUGUUUGCUACAAAGGUGGUGCAUUUUUGGGGCAGUCUGCAGCCAUCUUCUGUCCAGCUCUGGGUCUCCUUUGGCAGGAAGCCCAUGCGAGCAGCCCAGUUUGUCACGAGACAUCCUAUUAAUGAAUAUUACAUCGCAGAUGCCUCCGAGGACCAGGUGUUUGUAUGCGUCAGUCACAGUAACAACCGCACCAACUUAUACAUCUCGGAGGCAGAGGGGCUGAAGUUCUCCCUGUCCUUGGAGAACGUGCUCUACUACAGCCCAGGAGGGGCGGGCGGUGACACGCUGGUGAGGUAUUUUGCAAACGAGCCAUUUGCUGACUUCCACCGUGUGGAAGGGUUGCAAGGAGUCUACAUCGCUACUCUGAUAAAUGGUUCUAUGAAUGAGGAGAAUAUGAGAUCAGUCAUCACCUUUGACAAAGGGGGUACCUGGGAGUUCCUUCAGGCUCCAGCCUUCACAGGAUAUGGAGAAAAAAUCAACUGUGAGCUUGCCCAGGGCUGUUCCCUCCACCUGGCCCAGCGGCUCAGUCAGCUGCUCAACCUCCAGCUCCGGAGGAUGCCCAUCCUGUCCAGGGAGUCCGCUCCCGGUCUCAUCAUCGCCACUGGUUCGGUGGGAAAGAACUUGGCAAGCAAGACGAACGUGUACAUUUCUAGCAGUGCUGGAGCCCGGUGGCGAGAGGCACUUCCUGGACCUCACUACUACACCUGGGGAGAUCAUGGCGGCAUCAUCAUGGCCAUCGCCCAGGGCAUGGAAACCAAUGAGCUGAAAUACAGCACCAAUGAAGGGGAGACCUGGAAAACGUUCAUCUUCUCCGAGAGGCCAGUGUUUGUGUACGGACUCCUCACGGAGCCCGGCGAGAAGAGCACUGUCUUCACCAUCUUUGGCUCCAACAAAGAGAAUGUCCACAACUGGCUGAUCCUUCAGGUCAAUGCCACAGAUGCCUUGGGGGUUCCCUGCACAGAGAACGACUACAAGCUCUGGUCGCCAUCUGAUGAGCGGGGCAACGAGUGUUUGCUAGGACACAAGACCGUUUUCAAACGGAGGACUCCCCACGCCACGUGCUUUAACGGAGAAGACUUUGACAGGCCGGUGGUCAUAUCCAACUGCUCCUGCACGCGAGAGGACUUCGAAUGUGACUUCGGCUUCAAGAUGAGUGAAGAUUUGUUCUUAGAGGUUUGUGUUCCGGAUCCUGAGUUUUCUGGGAAGUCCUACUCUCCUCCCGUGCCUUGUCCUGUGGGUUCUACUUACAGGAGAACAAGAGGCUAUCGGAAGAUUUCUGGGGACACUUGUAGUGGAGGAGAUGUUGAAACACGGCUUGAAGGAGAACUGGUCCCAUGUCCCUUGGCAGAGGAGAAUGAAUUCAUCCUGUACGCCAUGCGGAAGUCCAUCCACCGCUAUGACCUGGCCUCGGGAGCCACCGAGCAGCUGCCCCUCACGGGGCUACGGGCCGCAGUGGCCCUGGACUUUGACUCUGAGCACAACUGCUUGUAUUGGUCUGACCUGGCCUUGGACACCAUCCAGCGCCUCUGUUUGAAUGGGAGUACAGGGCAGGAGGUGAUCAUCAAUUCUGGCUUGGAGACCGUAGAAGCCUUGGCUUUUGAACCCCUCAGCCAGUUACUUUAUUGGGUGGACUCUGGCUUUAAAAAGAUCGAGGUAGCUAAUCCAGAUGGUGACUUCCGACUCACGAUUGUCAACUCCUCUGUGCUCGACCGGCCCAGGGCUCUGGUCCUCCUGCCCCAAGACGGGGUGAUGUUCUGGACCGACUGGGGAGACCUGAAGCCGGGAAUUUAUCGGAGCAAUAUGGAUGGCUCUGCCGUCCAUCGUCUUGUGUCAGAGGAUGUGAAGUGGCCCAACGGCAUCUCUGUGGAUGACCAGUGGAUCUACUGGACAGAUGCCUACCUGGACUGCAUCGAGCGGAUCACUUUUGAUGGCCAGCAGCGCUCGAUCAUCCUGGACAACCUCCCCCACCCCUAUGCCAUUGCUGUCUUUAAGAAUGAGAUCUACUGGGAUGACUGGUCACAGCUCAGCAUCUUCCGAGCUUCCAAAUACAGUGGCUCCCAGGUGGCAGUUCUCGCGAGUCAGCUCACGGGGCUGAUGGACAUGAAGAUUUUCUACAAGGGCAGGACGACUGGAAGCAAUGCCUGUGUGUCCAGACCGUGCAGCCUGCUCUGCCUGCCCAGGGCCAACAACGGUAAAAGCUGCCGGUGUCCAGAGGGUGUGGCCAGCAGCGUCCUCCCAUCCGGGGACCUGAUGUGUGAGUGCCCUCAGGGCUACCAGCAGGAGAACAACACCUGCGUCAAAGAAGAGAACACCUGUCUCCGUAACCAGUAUCGCUGCAGCAACGGGAACUGUAUCAACAGCAUCUGGUGGUGCGAUUUUGACAAUGACUGCGGUGACAUGAGCGAUGAGAGAAACUGCCCUACUACCAUUUGUGAUUUGGACACCCAGUUCCGCUGCCAGGAGUCUGGGACCUGCAUCCCACUCUCCUACAAAUGUGACCUGGAGGAUGAUUGUGGAGACAACAGCGAUGAAAGUCACUGUGAAAUGCACCAGUGCCGGAGUGACGAAUACAGCUGCAGCUCUGGCAUGUGCAUCCGCUCCUCCUGGGUGUGUGAUGGAGACAAUGACUGCAGGGACUGGUCUGAUGAAGCCAACUGUACUGCCAUCUAUCACACCUGCGAGGCCUCCAACUUCCAAUGCCGCAAUGGACAUUGUAUCCCCCAGCGGUGGGCGUGUGAUGGUGACAUGGACUGCCAAGACGGUUCUGAUGAGGACCCAGUGAACUGUGAGAAGAAGUGCAACGGAUUCCGUUGUCCGAAUGGCACGUGCAUCCCAUCCAGCAAGCACUGUGAUGGUCUGCGGGAUUGCUCGGAUGGCGCGGACGAACAGCACUGCGAGCCUUUGUGCACACGCUUCAUGGACUUCGUGUGCAAGAACCGCCAGCAGUGCCUGUUCCACUCCAUGGUGUGCGACGGAAUCGUCCAGUGCCGCGACGGUUCUGAUGAGGACGCAGAGUUCGCAGGAUGCUCCCAAGACCCCGAAUUCCACAAGGUUUGUGAUGAGUUCAGUUUCCAGUGCCAGAACGGAGUGUGCAUCAGCUUGAUCUGGAAAUGCGACGGCAUGGAUGAUUGCGGUGACUACUCGGAUGAAGCCAACUGUGAAAACCCCACUGAAGCCCCGAACUGCUCCCGCUACUUCCAGUUCCAGUGUGAGAACGGCCACUGCAUCCCCAACAGGUGGAAAUGUGACCGGGAGAACGACUGUGGCGACUGGUCUGAUGAGAGGGACUGUGGAGAUUCACAUAUCCUUCCAUCCCCUACGCCCGGGCCCUCUACGUGUCUGCCCAAUUUCUACCGCUGCAGCAGUGGGGCGUGCGUGAUGGACGGCUGGGUGUGCGACGGGUACCGGGAUUGUGCAGAUGGCUCGGAUGAAGAAGCCUGCCCCUCGCCUGCGAAUGUCACGGCUGCCUCCGUUCCCACUCACCAUGGGCGCUGUGACCGAUUUGAAUUCGAGUGUCACCAGCCAAAGAAGUGUAUCCCCAACUGGAAGCGCUGUGACGGCCACCAAGAUUGCCAGGAUGGCCAGGAUGAGGCCAACUGUCCCACACACGGCACCUUGACCUGUACGAGCAGGGAGUUCAAGUGUGAGGACGGUGAGGCGUGCAUCGUGCUCUCGGAGCGCUGUGAUGGCUUCCUGGACUGCUCGGACGAGAGCGAUGAGAGGGCCUGCAGUGAUGAACUAACUGUAUACAAAGUACAGAAUCUUCAGUGGACGGCCGACUUCUCUGGGGACGUAACGUUGACCUGGACACGGCCCAAGAAAAUGCCCCCUGCUGGUUGUGUCUAUAACGUCUACUACAGGGUGGUCGGAGAGGGCAUCUGGAAGACCGUGGAGACCCACAGCAAUAAAACCAACACCAUAUUAAAAGUUUUGAAGCCAGACACCACGUAUCAGGUCAAAGUGCAGGUCCAGUGUCUCAGCAAAGUGCACAAUACCAACGACUUUGUGACCCUGCGGACACCAGAAGGACUGCCGGACGCCCCUCAAAAUCUGCAGCUGUCACUCCACAGGGAAGAGGAAGGUGUGAUUGUGGCCCACUGGAUUCCUCCCACCCACACCCAUGGCCUCAUUCGCGAGUACAUUGUGGAAUACAGCAGGAGUGGUUCCAAGAUGUGGGCCUCCCAGAGGACUGCUAGUAACUUUACUGAAAUAAAGAAUUUACUGGUCAACGCUCCAUAUACUGUCAGAGUGGCUGCAGUGACGAGUCGUGGAGUAGGAAACUGGAGCGAUUCUAAAUCCAUUACCACCGUCAAAGGAAAAGUGAUCCCACCACCAGAUAUCCACAUCGACAGCUACAGUGAGAAUUCUCUGAGCUUCACCCUGACCAUGGAGAGUGACAUCAAGGUGAAUGGCUAUGUGGUGAACCUUUUCUGGGCAUUUGACACCCACAAGCAAGAGAAGAGAACUUUGAACUUCCGGGGGAGCAUCUUGUCACACAAAGUUGCCAAUCUGACUGCUCAUACGUCCUAUGAGAUUUCUGCCUGGGCCAAGACUGAUUUAGGAGAUAGUCCUCUGGCAUUUGAGCAUGUCACGACCAAAGGAGUCCGUCCACCUGCUCCUAGCCUCAAAGCCAAGGCCAUCAAUCAAACUGCAGUGGAAUGUACCUGGACUGGCCCCAGGAAUGUGGUUUAUGGUAUUUUCUAUGCUACAUCCUUCCUUGACCUGUAUCGCAAUCCGAAGAGCUUGACUACUUCCCUCCACAACAAAACAGUCAUUGUCAGUAGGGAUGAGCAGUAUUUGUUUCUGGUCCGGGUGGUGGUGCCCUACCAAGGGCCAUCCUCCGACUACGUCGUGGUGAAGAUGAUCCCAGAUAGCAGGCUCCCACCUCGUCACCUGCAUGCGGUUCAUACCGGCAAAACCUCAGCUGUCAUCAAGUGGGAAUCCCCAUAUGAUUCUCCUGACCAGGACCUGUUAUAUGCAAUUGCUGUCAAAGAUCUAAUAAGAAAGAGUGACAGAAGCUACAAAAUAAAAUCCCGCAACAGCACUGUGGAAUACACCCUUACCAAGUUGGAACCUGGAGGGAAAUACCACAUCGUUGUCCAACUGGGGAACAUGAGCAAAGAUUCCAGUAUAAAAAUCACCACAGUUUCAUUAUCUGCACCUGAUGCCUUAAAAAUCAUAACAGAAAAUGACCACGUUCUUCUGUUUUGGAAAAGUCUAGCUUUGAAGGAAAAGCAUUUUAAUGAAAGCAGGGGCUAUGAGAUACACAUGUUUGAUAGUGCCAUGAAUAUCUCAGCUUACCUUGGGAAUACUACUGACAAUUUCUUUAAAAUUUCCAACCUGAAAUUGGGUCAUAAUUACACUUUCACUGUGCAAGCAAGAUGCCUUUUUGGCAGUCAGAUUUGUGGGGAGCCUGCUGUCCUGCUGUAUGAUGAGCUGGGGUCUGGUGGGGACGCAUCAGCGUUCCGGGCUGCCAGGUCUACUGAUGUUGCUGCCGUGGUGGUGCCCAUCCUGUUCCUGAUACUGCUGAGCCUGGGGGUCGGGUUUGCGGUCCUGUACACCAAGCAUCGGAGGCUGCAGAACAGCUUCACUGCUUUUGCCAAUAGCCACUACAGCUCCCGGCUGGGCUCGGCCAUCUUCUCCUCGGGGGACGACCUGGGGGAGGAUGAUGAAGAUGCUCCCAUGAUAACUGGAUUUUCAGAUGACGUCCCCAUGGUGAUAGCCUGAAAGCUGUCCUCACUAGAAACCAAAUGGUGUAAAUAUUUUAUUUGAUAAAGAUAGUUGAUGGUUUAUUUUAAAAGAUGCACUUUGAGUUGCAAUAUGUUAUUUUUAUAUGGGCCAAAAACAAAAACAAAAACAACAAAAAAAAGGAAAGCAAGGAAUGAAUAAACUUUGUAGUAAUCAACUGUGAACUUCAAACCAGGUUGAUUUCAGUAACCAAAUUGCUUUGAUUUCAUAUUAAUGUAGUCUUACAGGGCUGUGCUUGCUGGGCAUGCUUUUUAAGUCUGUGAGAUAAUUUUGGUUCAACAAAUUGGCCAUUCUUUUUAUUUUUCUAAGACAGAAAUGUAUUUAAUAAAAACUUCAAGAGAGGGUGAUGGGUGGAAUCCCUCCCACCCCCCCUCAUUGAAAGUGUGCUCAAAUUUUAAAUUUUGUUUGGAUUUAGUUUAUAUGAAAGUGUUUGUGUGUAUUAUGGGGGAAGGUUCUUUUCUGUAAUUUUGUUAAUUUAUUGGGACUCUGUAUAAGGCAGGGCUUUCGUGGUCAUCUGACUCUGCACGUUAUGAGGGGUCGCAGGGUUGAGGGGAGGGGAACAGAAGCAGUUUUGUUGCCAUUCCGGAAACAGUCCGUUUUUAUUCACUCGUUGUCACAUAAUGGUAUUUGGCAGGAGAGCACACUGAAUCAUUGCUCAGUUUCAGUUAAACAGCUGCAGCUCAGGAAGGCCCUGCAAGCCACAGCUUCUUCUCUUAUAUUAAUGGAUGGAAUCUUACUGUCUACGCCUCUGCACAAGACGUAGCUCUCCUUGCUACAAGAUGAGAACACUGCUGCAUUAUACUGUGGUGUCGUGGUCA